AUGUCGGACUCGGACGAGCCAAAGACGGAGGACGACCCUAAGUCCCCCCACCACCGUGCUAGGAAACUUCCUGACAAUGUGCUCAAGGCGAAGCUCACCCUGCAGCACGAGCUGGGACUUGGCAAGAGGCCAAGCGUCGUCCCGCCUGGUGAGGUCAACAUCAGCCAGGAGCCCCGUACUGUCGAGCUGGGCUGGCAUCCCGUAGCUGGCUCAGCGGGCAAGUGGUUUGCAGAACAGACCAGGCUGGGCAAGAUGAUCACUGAAGAAAUCCACAAGAGCCCUGACCCCACCCAGCAUUGGGCCUGUAUUAUCGGCGACUUCGUUCACGAGCUUUGGAUGGACGAACACUUCGACGUCAUUUAUAUAAAUGAGACAUUCAACCGAGAUGAAUGGCACACCUUUGAGGUCGGCAAAACAAGAUUCAGUGACCAGGCGCUCACUGAGGCUGGCGAGAUGGUCAUCUUCAAUAUGAGGGAAAAGCGACCAGCCUAUAACCUCCUGGACAACAAUUGCCAGAACUUUGCCCUGAAUUUCCUGGACAAUAUCCGCGUCGGAAAACACCGCGACUUUGCCACAAGCUUCAACGUUUAUCAGCGUGCCAUUGGCGCCGGCGCUAUCAAGGAUUUGUUCAUCAACGAACAUCCCGAUGAUAAGCCCGAGACCGCAGACGAAGAUGCAGGGUUAGGCGCCGAGCACCACGACACCGUACAAACCGCUCAGCAGGUCAUGUAA